AUAACAAUGGAAAAAUCACCACAAAAAUUUUAUGAAAUCAUUAUCAAUGCUAAUUCCACAGUCGAUUAGAUAUACACUGCAAUUUUUGAAUUGAGAACCAUUAACAAUAAGGAAGCAGUGGAACUCCUGAAAUAGGGUUUCCAUCAUCUGAAUAAAGUAGAGAAUAAGUCAUGUUUACUAUUACAUGAGAUAGCCUAUGCAUUAGGGUAAGCAGAUUUAGGUUUGGAAUCAUUAAUCACUUAAUUUCUCAUUUAAAUAAUUUGUGAUGAUCAACAAUUUGAUGUAGUUAGACAUGAAGCUGCUGAGGCUUUGGCAAACAUCAAUUAAAAGGAAGCUUUGGAGAUAUUUGAGAAAUAUUCCAAGAAGAAUGUCAAUGAUGAUCUCAAUAUCUUACAAGAUACGUGUACAAUAGGGUUAGAGAAAGCCAAGUCAAUUAAUGAUUUAGGGCAUUUAUAUGGGUUAAAGUACCUCGGGACAAGAGAACCCGCUGCUCCAUUUGAGCAUUUGGAGAAGAAUCCAGUGGAAUACAUUUUGGAUGAAUAGACAACUCUGUUUAAUAAAUAUAGAGCACUUUAUUAUUUGAGAAAUAAUGCUGAUACUUAUUUUGAUAAAAUUGACCAAUUAUUAAUCAGCAACAAACUUGGAGCAUUGUUUAAACAUGAGGUAGAUUAGAAUUGAAUUAUAAUUUAGAUUUGUUUUGUGAUUGGUUAGGUAGGAGAAGCACCAAAAUAAAUACAUGAGGCUUUGAUUAAUAUGAUAAAGGAUGAGAAUCAGCCAGCAAUUGCUCGUCAUGAGGCUAUUGCUGCAUUCUAAACUGUGAGUUCGAAUAAAGAAAUUACACUGGAGAUUUUGAAUGCGUAUGCUAAGAGUCCUGAUUAGAUAGUGAGGGAAACUGCGAUAGUGUCAUUGAAGAUGAUGGAAUUCUAUGGUUGAUUAAUUGUAGUGUAG